AUGUCGGCCCUCAUCUACGCGCUUGUUGCGCGCGACAACACCAUCCUUGCCGAGUUUACUGAAAACUCCGGCAACUUUACGACCGUGACCCAGUCCAUUUUGGAUAAGAUUCCCAACUCGGACCAGCGCCGCACCUACGUCUACGAUCGCUACCUUUUCCACUAUGUGCGCGAAGAUGGCAUCGUAUACCUCUGCCUUGCCGACGAAUCCUUCGGUCGCCGUGCACCUUUUGCCUUCCUGGCCCAGAUCAUGAAGGACUUCAAGCCCUACAAGUCGGCCUCCAAGUCCUCCAUCGCUUACGCUCUCAACCGCGAGUUUGCGCCCGUCCUCAAGCGCCAGAUGGCCGCCUUCAACAAGGGCUCGGACGAUGCCCUUGAUCGUGCCCGGGGUGAAAUUGAAGGCGUCAAACACGUCAUGGUUGAGAACAUUGAAAAGGUUUUGCAGCGCGGCGAGCAGAUUGACAUUAUGGUCGAAAAGGCCGAGGAUCUCAGCCAUGAGUCGAAGCGUUUCCAGACCAGCGCACGCAAACUGAAGAACCGCAUGUGGUGGGAGAACCAAAAGUUCUGCCUCCUCCUUUUUAUUGUGAUUGCCAUCAUUGUUCUCAUCAUUGCCCUCGUGGCCUCGCACGCUGCCAAGAAGCACAAGAAGCACAAGAGCCAUGACACAACCACAACGACGACGACGACGACGACGUCAAGCCCCAAGGCCUAAGCAUGCGUUCAUCGACAACUCCCUUGUAGAUUUGUGCCGGUAGCCCCCCACACACCUUUCUUCGCCAUGUUUUUUUUAAAAACUCGUGUGUCUCUGUAUCUUGUUUUGGUCAUACUCUUUGUAUCUCGCUGCGUAGCCCCACGGCCCUACCCUUGUGCCGCAGGCAAAAACAUUCUUGGUAUCAAAGGAACCAAUAGAAAAACUCCAAAUCAAC